AUUCGUUUUUUCUCACUGCUGAUCACCGGAGAAUGACGCGGCAGCCGGAGUGUCACGUGGCAGUGCCGGAACUCCGCGUGGCAUAUCUAGACAGCAGCUUAUGUGGUUUUUUUUUUUUUUUAAAAAUAAAAAACAAAAACGUUACAUCUUUUCUCUGUCUCUCUCUGUAAGCAAAACCCCGACUGACUCCAUCAAAUCCGAGCUCCGGUAAAUCUAUCCUCUCUCCGUCAGAGCCUUCGUCGGAAGGUGGCAGGAUUUUCAUUGCAUUCAUGCUCAAAAGCAAUUAUCACAAACAUGUGUUGGAAAAGAUUUUGUAGAUAACUGAGGCAGUGCGACAAUUAAGCGACAGCCAUGAAAGGGGGUUUUCCUCUCCUUUAUUUGGGAUUGUAAUAAAUAAUGGGAAUUUUCGUAAAAUAGCGCGGCGGACGUAUUCGGCCGCCGGAAGAACCGAAAUAAUCUGUAAUUCGCUACAAAGAGGGUCCUGCAAAAUUUUUUUUCCCCAAACUGCUCCGGAAACUCCAGGGAAUUUCCUCGGGCCACUCGAGUUUCGCUUUCCAGUGAAGGAACUUGUAACUUUUUCAUGUGAGAAUAUCACUUUUUUUCGUAGGUAGAUUUGGAAAGCUGAAGCCUGAAAGGUGUUCCAAAGAUGUUGUGUAGAAUGUCGUUGGUUUCCCGGAAGAAGAAGACCGGGUCGGCUCCGGUUUACUUGAACGUCUACGAUUUGACACCCAGAAUGGCAAUGCUUAUUGGCUUGGCCUCGGGAUCUACCAUUCUGGAGUGCAAGAAAUGGAUAUUAGGAGUGAUGCUGAUGCAUAUAGAGUUGGUAGUGCACGUCUAGGGAGUUCAAGCAUCUGGAGGAACACAACAAUGGAAGUUUUCUCCAAGUCUUCUCGAGAAGAAGACGACGAAGAAGCACUCAAAUGGGCCGCUAUUGAGAGACUUCCUACGUAUUUACGAGUAAGGAGGGGCAUACUUGCUGAAGCUGAGGGACAAGCUAGAGAGAUUGACAUUAAUGAUCUUGGAUUCCUUGAAAGAAAGAACCUCUUGGAUAGGCUUGUCAAGAUUGCGGAGGAAGAUAAUGAGGGAUUCUUGUUGAAGCUCAAGGAACGCAUUGAUAGAGUUGGGAUUGAUAUGCCAACGAUUGAAGUCCGGUUUGAGCAUUUAAAUGUGGAAGCAGAGGCUUAUGUAGGAGGAAGAGCAGUGCCUACCAUUUUCAACUUCUGUGUUAAUACCUUAGAAGGUGUCUUGAAAUUUCUUCAUAUUUUUCCAAGUCAAAAGAAACCAUUACCGAUCCUAAACGAUAGCAGUGGAAUCAUCAAACCGGGAAGAAUGACAUUGCUUUUAGGCCCCCCAAGUUCAGGGAAGACCACCUUACUACUAGCUUUGGCUGGAAAACUUGAUAAAGAUUUAAAAGUUUCUGGGAGUGUUACAUAUAAUGGACAUGGAAUGAAAGAUUUUGUACCGCAGAGGUCGUCGGCUUACAUUAGUCAGUAUGAUCUUCACAUACCAGAAUUGACAGUGAGAGAAACACUGAAUUUUUCUGCAAGAUGUCAAGGGAUUGGAUCUCGUUAUGAGAUGCUGGAAGAACUAACAAGGAGGGAGAAAGCCGAAAAUAUUAAGCCUGAUCCUGAUCUUGAUCUCUACAUGAAGGCAGCAGCGCUGAACGGCUGGCAGGAGGCAAAUGUCGUUACAGAUUAUUUUCUGAAGAUUUUGGGACUUGAAGUGUGUGCAGAUACCUUGGUGGGAGAUGAAAUGAUACGAGGCCUCUCUGGUGGACAAAAGAAGCGAGUCACGACAGGUGAGAUGCUGGUUGGACCAUCUAGAGCACUUUUCAUGGAUGAGAUAUCAACUGGUUUGGACAGCUCAACAACUUAUCAGAUAGUGAAUUCACUGAGACAAUCUAUCCACAUCCUCAAUGGAACUGCUCUUAUCUCUCUCCUUCAGCCAGCACCAGAGACAUAUGGCCUUUUUGAUGAUAUAAUUCUCCUCUCGGAUGGCCAAAUUGUGUAUCAAGGUCCACGUGAAAACGUGCUCGAGUUCUUUGAAUACAUGGGCUUCAAAUGUCCUGAGAGAAAAGGAGUUGCUGACUUUUUACAAGAAGUGACAUCAAGGAAAGAUCAAGAGCAGUACUGGAUGCAUAGAGAUGAACCUUCUAGCUUUGUUACGGUAAAGGAUUUUGCUGAAGCAUUUCAGUCAUUUCACGUUGGACGAAGACUACGCGAUGAAUUCACUGUACCAUUUGAUAAGUCCAAAGGCCACCCUGCUGCUUUAACAACCACCAAGUACGGUGUCAGCAAGAGGGAAUUGUUGAAAAUCUGCUUGUCAAGAGAAUUUCUGCUUAUGAAAAGAAACUCAUUCUUCUACAUUUUUAAAUUGUCACAACUUAUCAUUAUGGCUACUGUAACAACGACACUAUUUUUCCGAACAGAGAUGCACCGGGAGACCAUAACUGAUGGACAAAUAUAUCUUAGUGCACUCUUUUUUGGUAUGUUCAUUAUCACUUUUAAUGGAUUCGCGGAGCUUGCCAUGUCCAUCACGAGACUCCCUGUCUUCUACAAGCAAAGGGAUCUACUCUUUUUUCCUUCAUGGGCAUAUUCACUACCUACAUGGGUUCUCAAGAUUCCGAUCACGUUUGUAGAAGUAGCCAUUUGGGUGAUCCUGGUUUAUUAUGUUACUGGCUUUGAUCCAAAUAUUGAGAGAUUUUUCAGACAAUACUUCCUAUUCCUAUGCGUUAAUCAGAUGGCAUCCGGAUUGUUUCGAUUCAUGGGGGCUCUAGGAAGGAAUGUAAUUGUUGCCAACACCCUUGGAUCAUGUGCAUUCCUUGCAAUUAUAGUCCCAGGUGGAUUCAUCAUAUCAAAAGAUGAUAUAAAGCCAUGGUGGAUUUGGGGUUACUGGUUCUCACCAAUGACGUACGCACAGAAUGCUAUAGCAGUAAAUGAGUUUCUCGGGAAUAGCUGGAGUCACGUUCCUCCAAACGAAACAGAACCAUUAGGAGUUUCAGUCUUGAAAUCUCGCGGAAUUCCUACUGAAGCACGAUGGUAUUGGAUUGGAGCAGGAACUUUAAUAGGAUAUUGUAUUCUGUUCAAUCUUCUCUGCAUUGUUGCUCUAAAGUACUUGAAUCCCUUUGGGAAACCUCAGGCAGUAAUAUCCAAAGAAGCCUUGGCUGAGAAGAUUGCUAGUAAAGCUGGAGAGUCGGUUGAGCUAUCAAAUAGGGAAGGAGGAAGUGAGAGUAAAAGAACUGUUUCAUCCAGGACUCCAUUAUCAAGGGUAGGCAGUUUCAAUGAACGUAACCAUAAACGUGGGAUGGCUCUUCCUUUUGAACCACUUUCCAUCACUUUUGAUGAGGUCAGAUAUUCUGUAGACAUGCCAAAGGAAAUGAAAACUCAUGGAGUUACCGAGGAUCGUCUAGUACUUUUGAAAGGUGUUAGUGGUACUUGUAGGCCCGGUAUUCUAACAGCUCUAAUGGGUGUUAGUGGUGCUGGCAAGACCACUUUGAUGGAUGUUCUGGCUGGAAGGAAAACCGGGGGUUAUAUUGAGGGAAACAUCAAAAUCUCUGGGUAUCCUAAGAAGCAAGAAACGUUUGCUCACGUUGCGGGUUAUUGUGAGCAAACUGAUAUCCAUUCCCCACAUGUCACAGUCUAUGAAUCGUUGAUUUAUUCUGCGUGGCUUCGAUUAUCACCUGAUGUCAAGUCUGAUACCAGAAAGAUGUUUGUUGAAGAAGUCAUGGAGCUUGUUGAGCUGAACUCUUUGAAGGAGGCACUUGUUGGAUUGCCUGGAGUUAAUGGCCUCUCAACCGAGCAGCGCAAGAGGCUGACAAUUGCAGUUGAGCUCGUCGCUAACCCAUCUAUAAUCUUCAUGGAUGAACCGACCUCAGGACUUGACGCCAGGGCAGCAGCAAUAGUAAUGAGGACAGUAAGGAACACGGUGGACACUGGACGAACUGUUGUCUGCACUAUCCACCAGCCAAGCAUAGAUAUAUUUGAUGCUUUUGAUGAGCUAUUUUUGUUGAAAAGGGGAGGUGAAGAAAUAUAUGCCGGUCCAUUAGGCCACCAUUCUUCACACCUCAUCGAUUAUUUUCAGGGAGUUGAGGGAGUUCCAAAGAUUAAGGACGGAUACAAUCCUGCGACUUGGAUGUUAGAGGUUACUUCAGCAGCACAAGAAGCAGCUCUGGGAGUCAACUUCACAGAAAUAUACAGAAACUCAGAGCUAUAUAGGAGGUGUAAAGCCUUGGUGAAGGAAUUAAGUGUCCCUGCACCAGGUUCCAAGGAUCUAUACUUCCCAACUCGAUACACUCAAUCAUUCUUCACACAGUCUAUGGCUUGUCUAUGGAAGCAGCAUUGGUCAUAUUUGCGAAACCCACCAUACACCGCAGUCAGAUUCCUAUUCACAACUUUCAUUGCCAUAUUGUUGGGGACGAUGUUCUGGGAUUUAGGCUCCAAAACAAGAAGGCAACAAGAUCUCCUCAAUGCAAUGGGUUCCAUGUAUGCUGCUAUUCUCUUCAUAGGAGUACAGAAUGCUUCAUCAGUUCAGCCAGUAGUGGCUAUUGAGAGAACUGUCUUUUACAGGGAAAAAGCUGCUGGAAUGUAUUCAGCUUUGCCUUAUGCCUUUGGACAAGUCAUGAUUGAGAUCCCAUACAUUUUUGGUCAGACUAUCUUAUACGGGAUCAUUGUAUACGCCAUGAUAGGGUUUCACUGGACAGUUGCCAAGUUCUUCUGGUAUAUCUUCUUCAUGUACUUCACAUUAUUAUACUUCACUUUCUAUGGCAUGAUGACGGUGGCCGUUACUCCCAACCACAACAUUGCUGCCAUUGUCUCCAUCACCUUCUAUUUAUUAUGGAACCUUUUCUCUGGAUUCAUCGUUCCAAAAACAAGGAUACCAGUGUGGUGGAGAUGGUACUACUACCUGUCACCCGUUUCAUGGACAUUGUAUGGACUAGUUUCUUCACAAUUUGGAGACCUUGAAGAUGAAUUAGAGGAUGGAGAAAUAGUUAGUCAUUUCGUUAGAUCUUACUUCGGGUUUGAUCACGACUUCUUACCUGUCGUUGCAGUCAUAACAGUUGGGAUUGCAGUAUUCUUUGGCUUCAUCUUUGGCUUGUCAAUUAAAGUAUUCAACUUCCAGAAAAGAUAAUAGCGUAAUAUAGAUUAAAGCAUGGAGAUCAGAAGAGACUAAUAAGAAGAGGAGGAAGAAGAUUCAGAGAGAUUAGAAGUUGAAUUUGUAUCUAACGGUCAAUUCUGAUAUGACCUUACAGAAUAAAUAAAUGUAAAAUAACAACCUAUAUAUAUAUAUAUAUAUAUAUAAAAGUAUGAUACACUUCAUCUUUUUUUC